AUGACCCCAAAAGACAAAAGGAGAUUUAAUCGAGAGAAGUCGUCGUUGGAUGAUGAAACGUGGACGGUAGAUAUUGGCGUGGUCCGUCACGAAGGAGACUAUAAAUGGGGGUGGUUCAGGCGGCUUAAAUCAUCUGUGCGUGUGAUAUCAGUGGUUGGAUCUUCUUCUUCUCCUUCUCUCUGUUUGCUUUUGAGAAUCAACAUGUCUUGCAGCUGCACUAACUGUGGGUGUGGAAGCAGCUGCGGCUGCGGAAGCAACAUGUACCCAGACUUGAGCUACACCGAGAAGACGACCAGGGAGAGUCUGGUGUUGGGGGUGGCGCCGAAGAAGGUGGAGUUGGAGGGAGCUGAGACGGGCGUCGCCGCCGAGAACGAGGGCUGCAAGUGCGGAUCAAACUGCACCUGCGACCCCUGCAACUGUUGA